GGAGGCCGGGAGGCUCAGGCGGCUGAGGUGGCCGCUGGCGCUCUGGCGGCGGGCGCGGCCGAUAUGGCGAAAAGCAGCAGAGAGAAUGGGCCGCGCGCACCCGCAGCAGGCGGGAGUCUGUCUGGGACCCGGGAGAGCCUGGCCCAGGGCCCCGACGCCGCCACCGCCGACGAGCUGAGCUCGCUCGGCUCCGACUCGGAGGCCAACGGCUUCGCCGAGCGCCGCAUCGACAAGUUCGGCUUCAUCGUGGGUUCGCAGGGCGCCGAGGGCGCGCUAGAGGAAGUUCCUCUGGAGGUGCUGAGGCAGAGGGAGUCCAAGUGGCUGGAUAUGCUCAACAACUGGGACAAAUGGAUGGCCAAGAAACACAAAAAGAUUCGUCUCCGAUGCCAGAAGGGCAUCCCACCUUCUCUGCGGGGACGGGCUUGGCAGUACCUGUCAGGAGGCAAGGUGAAACUUCAGCAAAACCCUGGAAAGUUUGAUGAGCUGGACAUGUCUCCUGGGGACCCCAAGUGGCUAGAUGUGAUUGAGCGUGACCUGCACCGGCAGUUCCCUUUCCAUGAGAUGUUCGUGUCCCGAGGAGGCCAUGGCCAGCAGGACCUGUUCCGUGUGCUGAAGGCCUACACACUGUACCGCCCUGAGGAGGGCUACUGCCAGGCUCAGGCACCCAUCGCUGCUGUGCUCCUCAUGCACAUGCCUGCUGAGCAAGCCUUCUGGUGUCUGGUACAAGUCUGUGAGAAGUACCUGCCUGGCUACUACAGUGAGAAACUGGAGGCAAUCCAGCUGGAUGGCGAGAUCCUCUUCUCACUGCUACAGAAGGUGUCCCCUGUGGCUCACAAGCACCUUAGCCGCCAGAAGAUCGACCCCCUGCUGUACAUGACAGAGUGGUUCAUGUGUGCUUUUGCCCGCACGCUGCCCUGGAGCUCUGUGCUGCGAGUUUGGGACAUGUUCUUUUGUGAAGGAGUCAAGAUCAUCUUCCGUGUGGGGCUGGUACUGCUGAAGCAUGCACUAGGCUCCCCAGAGAAGCUCAAAGCCUGCCAGGGCCAGUAUGAAACCAUUGAGCAGCUGCGGAGCCUCAGCCCCAAGAUCAUGCAGGAAGCCUUCCUGGUUCAGGAGGUGAUAGAGCUGCCUGUGACGGAGCGCCAGAUCGAGCGGGAGCACCUCAUCCAGCUGCGGCGCUGGCAGGAGACGCGUGGGGAGCUGGAGUGCCGCUCCCCGCCCAGGAUGCAUGGUGCCAAGGCCAUCCUGGAUGCAGAGCCUGGUCCCCGACCUGCCCUGCAACCUUCACCAUCCAUCCGCCUACCCCCCGAUGCAACCCUCCUCAGCUCCAAGGCUAAGCCACACAAGCAGGUCCAGAAGGAGCAGAAGCGGACAAAGACCAGUGGGCAACUGGACAAGUCCCCAGGCCUCAGUCAAGCCACAGUGGUGACUGCUUCAGGAGAUGCAUGUCCUCCUCAGGAUGUGCCCCGAAAGGACCCAGCCUCCCAAGACCCGGUCCCUCAGGACUCUACUCCUCAGAACUUAGCCUGCCACCAUUCCCAGGAGAGCCUGACCUCCCAGGAGAGUGAGGACACCUACUUGUAACCCCGGGAGCUCAGGCCUCCACGGAGGUCUUCUCACGUCUGACACGGUUCAAAGACUGACGACACUCCAGGUCCUCUGCCUGAGGAGCCGGCUGCGUGGCACUGGCUGGGAUAGGAUCUGGCUGGUCCAGUACAGGUUCUGCCUGAGCCUCCUUAUUUAUUUUCUCUUGAGUUGAGCUGGUCCAGCCAGCACAGGCAGAAGCUAUGGCCCAAGGGGUUGGGUCUCAGCCCCAUCCUUCUGGGGGGUGUUCCCCAGGGGUAGGGUGCUGCCAUGCGGGGAAGCGGUGGGGUACUCUUUGUGUAAAAUAGAAAUACGGUUUUGUACGAAAAUAAACAGGCUUGUGUAUA